GGUGGCGGCAGGAGCAGCAGCAUCGGUGGUGGUGGCGACAGCAGCAGCAGAGGCAGCAGCAGCAACAGCAGCAGCAGCAGCAGCAGCAAGCAGAGCAGAAGAGCUGAGCUGAACAGUCCAGCCUCACCAAACGUCUUUUGCUGCAGUAGCCAGAGGAGUGCUUUGCUCGCAGCUUCUCUUCCCAGAGCAGAGGCAGAGGCGGCCGUGUGAGCUCGCUCACUGGGCAUGGGAGUACCCGACUGAGGACCGGCUCCUUUCCCUCCUGACUGCCAGCCGGAGAAAGUGCUGGGCGUGUGUGUGUGUGUGUGUGUGCGUGUGUGCAUAUGGUGGUUUGCUUUUUUUUCCCUCUUCAGACACGCAGACCACCUACUGCCUUCCCCCACCCUGGGUGUGUGGCAUUUAAAAGAUUUUUUUUCCCCAGAAGCUCCUGUCUUUCCCUCUCCGUGGCGGUGUUUUCCCCCUACCCUGUUCUCCGGGUUUUUUUAAACGUCCCUCCCCCGCAUCUGCACCCCCCACCCCAGCCUUUGCUGCACCAUCAGCCCUCAGGAUGCUGCUGUGCUCCGGAGCCCGGGCAGCCCCCCGCCUCUGCUAGGCAGCAUGGAUGGUGCUCUUGCGACGACCUCUACUGAUUCUCUCCGUCCACUGCGGCUGGGCAUGCUGAGGAGCCCUGCUGUCAAUGGGCGAGGACGCUGACACGCGGAAAAUUAACCACAGCUUUCUCCGAGACCACAGCUAUGUGACCGAAGAUACUACUUGCUGGAUGCAGAGUGGGUGGAUUCAACUUUCUUCUGGAGCCUGAACAGGUCAUCACCGGGAAAUUUCACACCUUACCUGGCUCUCGUGGAGAAUAUGGAAGGUGAAAGCAUCUAUGAAGUUGACUCUGAAGAUGGGGUUGGAGCUGAUAUUAUUUCUACAGUCGAGUUCAACCACACGGGAGAACUGCUGGCUACCGGGGACAAGGGGGGCCGGGUUGUCAUAUUCCAAAGGGAACCAGAGAGUAAGAAUGAGCCUCACAGCCAGGGCGAAUACAAUGUUUACAGCACUUUCCAGAGCCAUGAGCCGGAGUUUGAUUAUUUGAAGAGCUUGGAGAUAGAAGAGAAAAUUAACAAGAUUAAAUGGCUCCCCCAGCAGAAUGCAGCUCAUUCUCUCUUGUCCACAAAUGAUAAAACUAUCAAAUUAUGGAAGGUUACCGAACGUGAUAAGAGGCCUGAAGGGUAUAACUUAAAAGAUGAAGAAGGAAAACUCAAAGACCUAUCUACAGUGACAUCACUACAGGUGCCUGUGCUGAAGCCCAUGGAUCUGAUGGUGGAGGUCAGCCCCCGGAGAAUCUUUGCUAAUGGCCAUACCUAUCACAUCAACUCCAUUUCUGUCAAUAGCGACUGUGAGACUUACAUGUCUGCGGAUGACCUCCGAAUUAACCUCUGGCACUUAGCAAUCACGGAUAGGAGCUUCAACAUUGUCGACAUCAAGCCAGCCAACAUGGAGGACCUGACUGAAGUAAUCACGGCCUCAGAGUUCCAUCCCCACCACUGUAACCUCUUCGUCUACAGCAGCAGUAAAGGGUCCCUGAGAUUGUGCGACAUGAGAGCGUCGGCCCUCUGUGACAAGCACUCCAAGCUUUUUGAAGAACCCGAAGACCCCAGUAACAGAUCCUUCUUCUCUGAAAUCAUCUCCUCGGUGUCAGAUGUCAAAUUCAGCCACAGCGGCCGGUUCAUGCUCACCAGGGAUUACCUCACGGUCAAAGUUUGGGAUCUGAAUAUGGAAACAAAGCCUAUAGAAACAUACCAGGUUCACGAUUACCUUAGGAGCAAGCUGUGUUCCCUGUAUGAAAAUGACUGCAUUUUUGACAAGUUUGAAUGUGCCUGGAAUGGAUCUGACAGUGUCAUCAUGACCGGUGCCUACAAUAACUUCUUCAGAAUGUUUGACCGGAACACCAAGCGUGAUGUCACCCUGGAGGCCUCCAGGGAGAGCAGCAAGCCCAGGGCCAUCCUCAAGCCCCGCCGGGUCUGUGUGGGUGGCAAGCGCCGGAAAGACGAUAUCAGCGUGGACAGCUUGGACUUUACCAAGAAGAUACUUCACACGGCCUGGCAUCCCGCCGAGAACAUCAUUGCCAUCGCAGCGACAAACAAUCUUUACAUAUUCCAGGAUAAAGUGAACUCAGAGAUGCACUAGGUUUAUCAAUAAUCCUCUGUAUUUAUCAACCAGCCUUUUGCAGAUUGUACAAGAUGACUGUCAGAGAGAAAAACAGAGCAAAAGAAAAGUGGUGGUGGUGGUGGAAUUUAUCCUCCUCUGUCCCAGCUGCCCACCGCCACCUCACCCUCCCAACUCCCCAGAAUCCCCUGAGAUGAUGAUGAUGGCCAUUUAAUAAAGCAGAAACCCAGAAUUCACUGUAACUAAGGGGCAAAGGGCACUUCAACAAGGUGACAGGCUUGUCGGUUUUUUAACAAUUAGGGUCCAUUAUACACUCUCCUCCUAGGUCUUUCAUGUUUACCACAUUAUUAGAGCUUUUUUAUAUCCACAAGUUAAGUUUCCCCUCCAAUCUUCUCUUGGCACUUUGGUUUCUAUACAGACUUAGCAUGAGUGAUGGAGUGACAUUGCUCUAUCGCCAUGGCUCUGGAGACAGCAGGCAGACCUGAGACCAGCUGUUAUGGUUGGCCUGGAAAGAAACCAGCUAUUCUCUCUCUCUCUCUCUCUCUCUCUCUCUCUCUCUCUCUCUCUCUCUCUCUCUCUCUCUCUCUCUCUCUCUCUCCCUCCCUCCCUCUC